UCCGCUUUUCAUGGCUCCACCCAGCAUCUCUCCAUAACCUGGAAACAAAGCCGCUUCAAAAUAUAUAAAUAAACAAACGCGGUUUCUGGAACAACAUCUCAUUGUGGCCAAACGUAUUUACAGAGUCGGAGCAGACUGACAGAUGUGUCCAGCUGUAAUUAUCGUUGGCCGAAAAGGACCGAGUGCGAUUGGCAGCAGCUGUCAGUUUUCUUAUCUGACGCCCUGAACUCGAGUGACCUGGAUGUAAAACUGGAAUCAAGGCCGUAACUUGUUCUGUUUUGACAUACGUUUACAAUCCUACGAUGGGAACGGGAUGGUUGCAGCUUCACCGGGAAAGCUAGCUAACUUUUCAACAGUCUGCUAUUUUAUCGCCUUCUUACCCACCCACCUCUCUCUCCCCAAGGAAUAUAGUCAUUUUAAAAAGUAAAAAAAAAAAAAAUGAAUGGACAUUACGAAACAUCUUUGGCGAGUUAAGCUUGUUAUCUUUCAUUCUACAGAAUGGAAACUAGGUUGCAAGAAAGACUGGAAACAAUGUUAUUAGCCAGUUAGCUAACGUAAGCUCAGCUAGCUGCUAGUUAACUACAUCAAAUUAGUGGGCUGAGUUAGCUAGGCUAACUCAGCCCACUAAUUUAAAUUAGCAGGCUCAAUAUUCUUUUUUUUUUUAUUGCUACCAAAUUUUAGAUGUUUCAAUAGAUUUAACUUGUGUCGGGAUUUUACAUCGACACAUCUCUAGCAUCCACAGUUUACCAGUUUUCUGCUUUAAUCGAAGCUACUAAGCUAACCAGCUGUGCUGAUAAGCACAGCCCUUCUGUCUGCUGUGGUGUCGCUGCAGAACUCAUUGCUUUAUUUGUGUUUCACCAUCAACGACAACCAUGGCUCAAGAGGCGUUUCCUUUGCAUUCUCUUGUUUGGAACAAUCAGUACCUGGAGCUUGAUCGGGAGCUGCAGAAGAAAGAGCAGGAUGUGGAACGCUUGGAUCCGCGGGGGCGCACCCCGCUGGAGCUGGCUGUAUGUCUAGGCCACCUGGAGUCAACCCGGGUGCUGCUCAGAUAUACUGCCGACCCGACACAUUGCAACGCACAGGGCUGGACUAUCUUACAGGAAGCAGUGAGCACCGGGGAUCCUGAACUGGUACAGCUGGUGCUUCAGUACAGAGACUUUAAGCGAGCUACUGAGAGACUGGCCGGCAUCCCAGAGCUGCUCAGCAAAUUAAGACAGGCACGGGACUUUUAUGUGGAGAUGAAGUGGGAGUUCACCAGCUGGGUGCCCUUGGUUUCAAAGGUGUGUCCCAGUGAUGUCUACCGGGUGUGGAAGAGCGGCUCAUGCCUCCGAGUCGACACCACCCUCUUGGGCUUCGAACACAUGACUUGGCUGAAAGGACGGCGCAGUUAUAUUUUCAAAGGUGGAGAUGAUGGGGCAGUGGUGAUGGAGGUGGACCAUGAGAAGCAGGUGGUGUACACUGAGCCACUCGUGUUGUCCCCUCGUGAUGCACCCUCCCUCCUGGCAGCCAUGCAGCCAUCGCAAGAAAACACAGCCCAGAGACUUACAUCGCCCAUUGUCUCUACACACCUCAACACACGCAACAUUGCCUUUGAGCGGAAUAAGUCUGGAAUCUGGGGCUGGCGUUCUGAGAAGAGCGAGGUCGUCAGUGGAUACGAAGCCAAGGUUUACAGUGCUACGAAUGUGGAGUUGGUGACUCGGUCAAGGACAGAGCAUCUAUCAGACCAGGACAAGUCCAGAAGCAAAGGCUCAAAGACUCCACUUCAGUCUUUCCUGGGGAUUGCCGAACAGCAUACAGCUCAUAAUGGGAGCAAUGUGUCCCAGUGUGCCAGUCCUCACAACCCCACAGCCAUCACAGCCGAGGAAUACUUCAACCCGGAGUUCAACCUGAACGGCCGAGACAUUGGACGGCCCAUUGAGCUCACUAGCAAAGUCCAGAGGUUUAAAGCGACACUGUGGCUGAGUGAGACUCACCCUUUGUCCCUGGCUGAGCAGGUGACGCCAAUCAUAGACCUCAUGGCCAUCUCCAACGCCCACUUUGCAAAGCUGCGUGACUUCAUCACCCUGCGCCUGCCACCAGGAUUCCCUGUCAAGAUAGAGAUUCCCCUGUUUCACGUGCUGAAUGCCAGAGUGACGUUCAGUAACCUAUGUGGCUGUGAUGAGCCAGUCACCUCUGUGACUGUUCACAAUCCAGAAAGCUCCGGGGAAGCAGGUCAGUCGCCCCCUCCCUUUCACUGUGAGGUGGACCCCUCAGUGUUUGAGCCCCCUCCAGACUACACAACCCUUGGUCCGGGUCGUAGCGAGCCAAUGAGGGACGAGGAUGACAACCUACUGCAGUUCGCCAUCCAGCAGAGUCUGCUGGAUGCUGGCACAGAGAGCGACCAGGUGACCAUCUGGGAGGCUCUGACCAACAGCCGUCCAGUGCCCCAGUCUCCAUUGUACGAGGAAGACUCUCAGCUUGAGAGGGCGAUCCAGGAGUCCCUGUCAAUCUCGCUGGCUAGUAGAGAGGGAGAAGAUAUGGCCAACCCCAGCCAGCCUCCAUCUGUGUCUCCGUUGGACCCCACCGCUCACUCCCCGCUUUCCUACAGUGCAGUAAAUGAUCCACGGCUGUCUGGACACUUUGGAGUGGCAAGUAGCUUUGAUGAACAGCUGCGAAUCGCCAUGGAGCUGUCGUGCAGGGAGCAGGAGGAGAUAGACAGGAAGCGGAAGGAGGAAGAGGAGGAGCUGGAGAGGAUCCUGCAGCUGUCACUCACUGAGAAGUAAUACAACACCAACAGCAGUAGACGGAGGCAGGUCCACAAGAAGGCGCAAUCACCUUAAUUUAUUCAUUUUCUUUUCUAAAUUCUGAGAUGUUAAGUUAUUACGGAUAUUUUAUUUGUCUUUCUCACAUGAGGACUGCUACCACAGAAUGCAGAGGACCAGGUUAUAAGAAAUGUGAACUGGGUGGAGGAGAAUUUGUUGAAAGUUACUCUCAAAUAAGUAAAGGAGGAGACAAAAGGGAGUCUUUGUUUUUCCUUUUUCUAUUGAAUAUUUUUCACAGUCUUGCUGUCUUUGAGUGAUGAAUGGUCCUUAAACUUUAAACCUUUAACAUGACAAUGAUGGAAGUAAGAAAAUACAAUCUUAACUAAAUAACUUAUAACACAAAUGAUUAUAAAAUUGAAACUUUUAUGUUGAUUUACUCCUAUGUGUGAAAAAUAAAAAAUAAAGAUCAA